AUGAUAAUUUUCUAUGGCUUUAUUUCUUGUCAUCUGUCCACCUCCGCGUCCCCGCGCAGCCCCCGUUCUAAGCCCGCACUGUCUCCCACGUCCCCUACGAUGCGCAAGCGCCAGAGAACUGUCGACCACCCCGGAGGUACCGCGCCCGCAGACGGCCUUCCUCCGCCCCCUGGCUCCGCGCCCGUGGGCGAAGACGCGUUCAUCAACGACCACGAAGCCCUCGACAGCAAUGGCGAGGAUGACGAAGAAGAUGAGAAACCCAAGUCGGACAAGAAGGCAGGACGAAGGAAGAUCAAGAUCGAGUUCAUCCAGGAUAAAUCGAGACGUCAUAUAACGUUCUCCAAAAGGAAAGCAGGCAUCAUGAAAAAGGCAUACGAAUUGUCCACUCUCACGGGUACUCAGGUCCUGCUCCUCGUUGUCUCCGAGACCGGCCUCGUAUACACAUUCACCACCGCUAAACUCCAGCCUCUCGUCACCCAGCCCGAGGGCAAGAACCUCAUCCAAGCCUGUCUCAAUGCCCCCCAUGGUGCUCUCCCCUCUUCCAUGCCCGUCGGCCCACCCAUGACCCGCUCGUCGGGGCCCAUGAACAUCCCUGGACCCCCACCUCCCGCCAACAUCCCCGGCGGUCUCUCCAUCUCUGGUGGGCCCUCGUCUGGGCCCCUCAAGGACGAUGAUGGUGAUGACGACCACCAUGACGAUGCUGCUGCUGCCCACGGUGGCCGCCCAAACACCGGCGACAAGCGCCGCCGUCGAGGUUCUUCCACCAGCCAACCUGCACAACAAGGUUCAAACCGCGGCGCAACUUCACCUCAUUCCCCCAACGCCACCAUCCCUCCGCCACUCAACAUUCCCGCGGGAGGCGCCCCUGGUGGCCAACAACAGCACUCGUCACACCCUUCCGCAUCGUCUGGGCAGAUCAACCUUGGCUCGCCGACGUCGCCACAGCAGCACCAUCAACAGGUGCCCUCAACCUCGCCGGCAACGUACACCGGCGGCUCGUAUGGCCACCACCCCGGCCAACAGCACCAACAGCAGCAUGACCCGGCGAUGUACAGUCCGCACAUGAUGUCGGGUGGGUACUCGUACCCCGGCCCAGGUGCACCCCCAGCGCAGAGUGGUCAGCAGCUGGGAGGUCUCGCUGCGGCUGCAGCACAGCAUGGCACUGGGCACUGGGCACCGCCUCCCCAGCAGCCACAGGUCGGACAAGGAGGGGGGCAUUACGCGAGGAGAUGA